CAUUAUCCCCUGCUCUCUCAUUCGAAAGAAGCCUUCUCAUCAUGAGUUGGAACCCGCAUUCUCAACAUCCCCAAUGUUGAAAUCCGGCUAGUCGGACCAAAGAGCAUAUUGUCCCAAAGCGUCACUCUCAAACACUUGAAAGGAGCCAGUCACAACCACCAUGUCUGCAAAAAUCCCACCCCCAGACCGCGCGGGGACGGGGUCGUCAUCGCAGCAGAUACAGCCACCCCAGGCAUCAACAGCAGACGCCUUCUUCGCCUCCCCCCGCGCCGUCUAUGUCGCGGCCGCCCUGCUACGCGCCGGCAUGCUACUCUACGGCGUGUGGCAGGACGCCGCGUCGCCCGUAAAGUACACCGACAUCGACUACCUCGUCUUCACCGACGCCGCUCGCUUCGUCGCCGACGGCGCCUCCCCUUACGACCGCGCCACCUACCGCUACACGCCCCUUCUGGCCUGGAUUCUGCUCCCCACCACCUUUGGCAGUGCCGGCCCGUCCCUCUGGCGCCUGCUCUGGUUCUCCUCGGGCAAGGUCAUCUUUGCCGCCGCUGACGUGGCCGCCGGCUGGCUGCUCGUGCGCAUCCUCCUUUUGGAUGGUGGUGGCGGUGGUGGUGGUGGUGACGGCGGCGGCGGCGGCGGCGGCGGCGGCACCAUGUCCCCCGCGCGCGCCCGCCGCUUCGCCGCCGUGUGGCUGCUCAACCCCAUGGUGGCCGCCAUAAGCACGCGCGGCUCUUCCGAGGGCCUGCUCGGUGCGCUCGUGGCCGCCCUGUUGUGGGCUGUGCUGCGCCGCCGCGUCGUGCUGGCCGGGCUGAUCCUCGGCUUCGGCGUGCACUUCAAGAUCUAUCCCUUCAUCUACGCCCCCGCCAUCGUGUGGUGGAUGGACGACGAGCACAUGUCGGCCUCUCCCUCCCCUACUUCCUCCUCGGGCAAACGCCGCCGCCGCCGCGACGAUGGAACAACAGUCAUCCAGCGCGCUGCGGGCUUCGUCACCGCGCCCCGCCUGCUCCUCGCCGCCGUCAGCCUCUCCUCCUUCGCGGCCCUCAACCUGCUCAUGUACGCCCUCUACGGCCACCCCUUCCUCGCCCACACCUACCUGCACCACGUCACGCGCAUCGACCACCGCCACAACUUCAGCCCCUACAACACCCUCCUGUACCUCGAGUCCGCGUCCGCCGCCACCUCGGGCAGCAGCGGCAGCAGCAGCAGCAGCAGCAGCCUCGGCGGCAGCAUCGAGUCCGUUGCCUUUGUCCCGCAACUCCUCCUCUCCACCAUCCUCGUGCCCCUGGCCCUGGCCAAGCGCGACCUCGCCUCGGCCAUGCUGGCGCAAACCUUCGCCUUUGUCGCCUUCAACAAGGUCUGCACGAGCCAGUACUUUUUGUGGUACAUGGUCCUGCUGCCCCUCUACCUGCCGCGGUCCUCGCUUGUCGCCGGCAGCCGCCGCAAGGGGCUGGUCGCCCUGCUGCUGUGGGUCGCCGGCCAGGCCGCCUGGCUCCAGCAGGGCUUCGAGCUCGAGUUCGUCGGCCGCAGCGUCUUUCUGCCCGGCCUGUGGCUCGCCUCGCUGUCCUUCUUUCUCAUCAACUGCUGGAUCUUGGGCGUGGUCAUUUCCGAUGUCGGCGCUCUCUGACGGCAAUUGGCCUUCGAAGUCGCAUCACGUUUGUAAAAUGAGAAUCCUCCAUAGAUAAAAUUGGAUAUCAUGAUAAAAAAACUUCUAAAGUCC